AGAAUAAUGUUAACUGUAGACGCAACUGUUCAAGCUGUUACAGCAAUUGCUGUAAUAGCAAUAACUUGUUACCUUUACAUUCGGCAUCAGUACAAUUAUUGGAAUAGGAGGAAAGUACCUCAAUUACCUCCAAUAUUUCCGUAUGGAAACUAUCACACUCUAUUUCCGAAAGGUGUUUCUUUGGGUCCUAUAACCAGACGAUAUUACGACGCAUUUAAAAAAAAUGGACACAAGUUUGGUGGUGUUUACUUAGGGUUAACUCCAAAUCUCGUAAUUGUUGACCCACUUUUAACCAGAAACAUUAUGACCAGUGAUUUCGAAUAUUUUAUGAACAGAGGUAUUUUCCACGGCAAUGGCGAUACAGUUGCGGCAAACUUAUUUACUCAAGACAAGGAGAUCUGGAAGAUAAAAAGGCCGAAAUUAACACCCGUAUUUACAACCGCUAAAUUGAAAUUCUAUUUCAAUACAAUCAAAAAGUGUGCAGAUGAACUGGAAACUAAUUUACUCAAAUAUACCACUGAUGAUAUAGAUGUCGACAUCUAUGAAAAUAUGGGAUGCUAUUUUACGGAUAUUAUAAGUUCCUUAAUUUUUGGUAUAGAAGCGAACAGUUUCAAAGAUCCGAACGCAUUCAUUCGAAAAUUGGCCAGAGAAUUAUUCUCGUUGUUUCCUCUAGCUUUCAAGUUUCAAUUAUUUGUGGUCCACGCUUAUCCAAAUGUAGCAAAAAUGUUGAGAUUUCCGGGCAUUCCGAGAGACACUGAAAAAAAUUUCGGUAAAUUAAUUUUGGAUACAAUGGAGUACAGGAAGCAAAACAAUAUUUACAGAGAAGAUUUGCUUCAGUUGUUAAUUGAAUUAAAGGAAGCAGGAACUGUUGUGCCAUAUGAUAUUAUUGCAGAAACUUUUAAUUUCUUCGUGGCUGGUUAUGAAACUGCCUCUACAAUUUCUUCGUUUUUACUAUACGAAUUAGCUAAACAUAAGGAUAUUCAAGAUAAAGUAAGAAAAGAAAUAAAUACUGUUCUGAGUAAACACAACGGAGAAUUUUCCUAUGAUGUAAUUCAAGAAUUAACUUACCUGACGCAAGCUACGAAUGAGGCAUCCCGGAAAUAUCCAGCACUUUCUACCAUAACUCGGGUCUGCGUAAAAGACUAUCAAAUUCCGAAUACUGAUGUGGUUAUUGAAAAUGGCACAAAUGUGCUUCUUCCAGUUUUAGGAUACCAUUAUAAUCCGGAUUAUUUCCCGGAUCCUGAAAAAUUCGAUCCGGAGAGAUUCGCAGACAAAAACGUUAAAUACCCGGGUUUCUUGCCGUUCGGUGAGGGUCCUCGGAAUUGUAUUGGAGAGAGACUGGGAUUAUUGCAAGUCAAACUUGGAGUGGCAGUUCUAAUUAAAAAUUAUGAAUGCUCUGUGAGUCCCACUACCAGUAAGGAGCAUCUAGAAUUUGAUGAAAAUAAUUUUACAACUAGAAUGACGAAGAAAAUUAUGUUGAGAUUAAAAAAAAUUGAGCAAUAAUUAGUAUGAAUUUUGUAUGUAGGUAUUUACUGUUUGAAAUUUAAGAACUUUUGCGACUAAAGAUAUUUUCUCCCUUAUUUAAAUCAUCUUGAAACGAAACAAUUAAAUUUCCAAUCGAAGUAUA